AAGAACCCAAAUCUUGAACGUGUAACGUAAACAAUUGAGAGGAAUCAAUCAUUCACCUCAACUCAGUCGAACAAAUUACAGACACAGCAUUCAGAGCAUUAUUGUUGUGGUUUUGAGAGUGGGGAAGGAAGAAGAUGGAUAGCGAGAAUUGAAAUGAUAGUGUGCAGAUACAUACAGAGCAUGUGAUGUACAAGACCUGUUUGAAUAAUAGGGUCGUACAAAGUCAUACCUGGGAAAUUCUUUGAAAUCUCCGCUUGAAAAGCUGAAUAUAUCAUGUCAGAACCAGAUCUUCAAAUAAAUAAAGUUGAGAUGGUGGAGCCUUAUGUAUGGUUUAAAACCGCAGAUGGUUCAGUCCAUGAAGUAGAAACAGAAGUUGCCAGUUUUUGUCCUUCAAUAUGUCAUGAAAUAGACUCGGGAGUUGGGCAUUCAAGGAACUAUCCCAUAGCUUUACCUCCAAGAGUUAAUCCUGCCAUGCUGAGUUUAAUAUUUGAUUAUUGCCGAUUUCACCAUAUACCUGGCCGCUCAAACAAGGAGCGAAGGUCUUUUGACGAGAAAUUUAGCCGUAUGGACACAAAAAGGCUCUGUGAGCUGACAUCUGCUGCUGACAGUCUACAUUUUAAAUCAUUGGUUGAUCUUACCAGUCGUGCACUUGCACGAAUGAUUGAAGGAAAAACCCCUGACGAGAUUCGUGAGACAUUUCAUUUACCCGAUGAUCUUACAGAGGAAGAGAAGCUGGAGCCUCUGAAAAACACAACUGAUGAUCCACGGAUCCGGCUCUUGAAUAGAUUGUAUGCAAGAAAGAGGAAAGAACUGAUAAACAGACAGAAAUUGAAGAACGUUGAGGCGGAAAUAGAGCAUGAAGAUGAUCGUUCAGUUGAGGACCUAUUGUCAUUUAUAAAUGGAAAGGAUGGAGAUUCUAAGGUGGUUAGGGGUUCUAAGAACAAAAAAAGGGAUCGUAAAAGAAAGAACCAACAAAAAAAUCCUCCUCCCAGUUGCAGUUCUUCAAAUGGGAAUCCAUCUUCAAACACUGGCAAUAAGAUCCAAAAUAAGGUUUUGAACGGUUCUCAUGGCACACGUGACAGUGUAAUGGAUCAUGACGAUUUUCUCUCUGCUUUCUGUGAGACGUUAAGGUCACAUAGCAUUGGAGAUGAUAAAUUAACACUUGAAGAGGAGUUUGAUGAUUGUGACGUAGAUGAUGAGUUAGAUCCUGCACUGAAAGAAAAACUUGAUAGGGAAGUAGAAGAUUUUGCUCGGAGAUUGAAUUCCGACUGGCCUGAGAGGAUGCAAGAGAUUUUAUCUUCAGGCCAGGAAAGUAGGCCAGGUCCAGUAUCUUCCACAGAGAUAAAUCCUUUAGGAAUAGACCAUGAUCAUACAUGAAGACCUCUUCAACGUGGCUUUUAGUCAAACACCUUUAACUAUACAUUACAACAAAAAGAUGGAUCUGGGUUCAAAUGUAAAUUGAGACUGGUGGCUGUGUUUCUUCAUGUGUUUCAAGAGUGACAAAAUUUUGAACUAUGAAGGGGAAACCCCCUGUAUUAGACAAGUAUAUGACAACGUGCGUUUACAUGCCACUUUUCUGAUUUGUAAACAUAUGAGAAUGUCCUUGUGUAAAUUGUUAUGGCACCUACAGAAAACUGCAGCACAAGAUAAAGUUCAGGUGGCUUUGGGUUUUUUCAAGCUAUGUCUAUCCUUUUCAUGCUGUAUCGUUCAAAUCCUUGAAGCACUGGAUAAAAGUAUUUUGAUGUAAAAUAUUGAUUAUGUAAAUAAAACUGAAUCCGCAAGUGUUUGUGCUUA